GGCUCAUUGGAUUGAAGAAAAUCAAAAAUGGCGUCCUUUGAGAAAGCUAAGAAAUCUUAUCAAAAAUUUCACAAAGAAAGGGGGCAGUUGAAAAGCAGGAAGCAGUAUGGUCUUCUUGAAAAACACAAAGAUUAUGUUUUGCGGGCAAGAGAUUACCAUAGAAAACAAAACAGACUUAAACUUCUAAAAGAGAAAGCACUAAACAGGAAUCCAGAUGAAUUUUACUUCAAGAUGAUCAGCAGUAAAACAAAGGAUGGAGUUCAUACCUUCAAAAAAACAAAAAAGCACACUGCAGAGGCACUGAAGCUGAUGAAAACCCAGGAUCUUAAUUACAUCAAUUCUAAAAGGUCUAUGGAGGCAAAGAAAAUAGAAAAGCUCCAAGCAAGCCUACAUUUAUUGGCAGAUGAAGAUAAUAAUUCCCAUCCUCCAAACCAGCACAUUGUUUUUGUGGACAGUCAGAAAGAAGCUCAGUCUUUUGAUGCUGCAACCCAUUUUGACACCCUGCCAGAACUGGUGUCAAGAACGUACAACAGGCCCAAGAGAGAAACACUCAUGAAACAGUUAAUUCAAACUCCAGAUGAUCAAAUAGUUAAGAGACUUGAGAAACAGAGGCACCGUUGCUAUGAAGAAUUAAGAGAGAGAAUUGAGCGGGAAAAGAAGAUGCAAAAGGUUUCUGAAGAACUGGAACUUCAAAAACAUCUCAUGGGUAAGGGAAGACGGUACAAAAUACAAAAAGACGAGAAAUCCACGCCAGUUUACAAAUGGAAGAAAGAAAGAAAAAGAUAGCAGGGCCUUGUCCUUAAAACAAGUUGGAAAUAAAGAUGCAAUGAAAUAA